AUGGAGCGCGGAAGAGGCAACAACAACCGUCGUCACCCCAGACGCGACAAUCGCCGCGGAGGCGGAGGCGGAGGCGGCAACAAUGACAACCCCAGAUCUGGUGGCCGUCGCCAGCACCAGCAGCACCAGGACCAGGAGCAGCGCGAGCAGAGACCUCAGCCAGGCCCGGCUUCAAUCAUUCCCCAGACGGCUACACCACCCCUCACCGAGGCCGUUCCCAAGGACACACCGAGAUUCGCCGAUAUGGUCGGCGUCCACCAGUCCCUCGUCCAGGCCAUCACCGAGGACCUCAAGUUCGACCACAUGAUGCCCCGACUGCCUGGUACCGGAAAGACCAUCGCCUUCCUGCUCCCCGCCAUCCAGACCCUUCUCACCCAGAACCGCGGCCGCGGGGGUGGCAUUUCCCUGCUGGUCAUCUCACCGACUCGCGAGCUUGCCAUGCAGAUCGCCAAGGAAGCCGAGGGCCUCCUGCAGCGUCUUCGCCAGUACCGCGUCUGCAUCGCCAUUGGCGGUACGAACAAGGACCGUGAAGAGAAGCAGAUCCUCCAGGGCUGCGACAUUCUCAUCGCCACGCCAGGCCGCCUGAUCGACCACAUGGCCAAUGAGUACAUCCAGGACUCCUUCCGCAACCUCGACACCUUGGUUCUCGAUGAGGCAGACCGUCUUCUCGACAUGGGCUUCAUGCCUGCCUUGAAGGACAUUGUCCGCGCCCUGCCUGAUAAGUCCAAGACGAACCGCCAGGGCAUGCUCUUCUCCGCCACCAUCGCCUCCCACGUCCAGCAAGUAGCAGGCCUCGUCCUCUCCCCUGGCUACAAGUUCAUCUCCACCAUCCCUGCUGGUGAGGCCAACACCCACGAGCGUGUUCCUCAGCAUCUCAUCAAGGUCCCCACCUUCGCCUCUGUUGCGCCCGCUAUGGUCGGCGCCAUUCGCGAGGAGGCUGCCUUCGUCGGCCCCGACAGCUUCAAGGCGAUUGUCUUCGCACCGACUGCCGCCCUGGCAGAUUUCUACGGAGACAUCCUUGCCAACAUGCCGGGCAUGCCGCAGGCCUCGGUUCUGCACUCCCGCAUCUCGCAAGGCAAGCGCACCAAGAUCACCAACGACUACCGCGACGCCAAGACGGGCGUCCUCGUCGCCACCGAUGUCAUUGCCCGCGGCAUGGAUUUCCCCGGCGUCACCUCCGUUUUCCAGGUCGGCAUCCCCGCAGACAAGGAGUCCUACAUCCACCGCUUGGGCCGUACAGCUCGCGCCGGUGCCGAGGGUCGCGGAAUCUUCAUCGUCACCGACCUCGAGGACUUCUUCCCCCGCUGGCAGCUUAAGGAGAUCAACUUUGAGCAGCGCGCUGCCGACCUCUCCUCGGCAGAGCAGGUGUACAACAUCGCGGAGCAACGCAUUGACGAGGCGCAGAAGGCUAAGAUCUACCAAGCCUGGCUCGGCUACUACAAGAAUUGGAUGAAGCAGCUCAAGUGGGAGAAGGAGGACCUCGUCUCAGAGGGCAACGUCUUCGCCCGCGAUGCCCUUCGAUGCCCCGAGACGCCGUCCAUUGGCAAGAGCACCGUCGGUAAGAUGGGUCUGCGCGGCACCAGAGGCCUGGUCGUUGUGCCUGAUGCCCCCAAGGGUCGUCACGGACGCGGGGGUGGUGGUGGCGGUGGCGGCGAGGGCCGCAGCGCCGGUUCCGGUGGUCGCGGCAACCGUGGAAGACGCGGCGGCAGAGAUUAA